CCUUUUUCACCUAACCUAAAUAGUAAAGAAGUUCCUACACUAUAUAAAUAAAGUUCAUGGGCUUCUAUUGCUAUGACUUUUGCUCUCUCUCUUCAAAUUGUGUUGCUUUUUCUCUCCUCCUCCUUGCCGUUGCAUAGACUCUCUCCCUCCCUCAAAUCACUCUAAUAAGAUGCCUAUUGAAACGGAGGAAUUGGACCCACCGGAUAGCGACUCGGAGGCGUCUGUGGAGGUGGACCCCACGGGGAGGUACGGGCGCUACGACGAACGGCUCGGUGUCGGGGCCGUGAAGAAGGUGUAUAGGGCAUUUGAUCAAGAGGAGGGCAUAGAAGUGGCAUGGAACCAAGUAAAGUUGAAACAAUUUAGUGGCGAUAGUUCUAUGAUAGAUAGGUUAUUUUCCGAGGUUAGGUUAUUACGGAGUUUGAAAAACAAAAACAUAAUUGCGUUGUACCAUGUUUGGGAGGAUAAAGAACAUAAUACAUUAAAUUUUAUUACCGAAGUUUGUACCUCGGGAAAUUUGAGGGAGUAUAGGAAGAAACAUAAGCAAGUUUCUUUAAGGGCUUUGAAAAAAUGGUGUAAGCAAAUUUUGAAAGGGUUGGAAUAUUUGCAUACUCAUGAACCUUGUAUUAUACACCGUGAUCUCAAUUGCAGCAAUCUCUUUGUCAAUGGUAACAUUGGUCAGGUGAAAAUUGGGGAUUUGGGUCUAGCAGCAGUAGUAGGAAGGAGCCAUGCUGCACAUUCCAUCCUAGGGACACCGGAGUUCAUGGCGCCGGAGCUUUAUGAUGAGGACUACACCGAGCUAGUCGAUAUCUACUCAUUUGGGAUGUGUGUAAUUGAACUUGUUACCAUGGAAAUACCUUAUAGUGAAUGUAACAACGUCGCUAGGAUAUAUAAAAAGGUAACGUCUGGGUUAAGGCCUCAAGCCCUUGACAAGGUUAAGGAUUCGGAAGUGAAGGCGUUCAUUGAGAAGUGCCUAGCUCGGCCUAGGGCUAGACCCUCUGCGACCGAGCUCUUGGCUGAUCCUUUCUUUGAUGACAUUAUUGAUGAUGAUGAAAACAAUGAAGAAGAGUAGAGGUAGAAAGUUGCAUAGAUUUUUAGGAAUUGAGCCUCCAAAGUUUUUUUUAUUUUUGUUGUAGGCUUAAUUUCAUAUCUUUGUUAUAUGUUGCAUGAUAAUGUUGCAUGUAUGAUUUAUUGGACUAUACAAUAUUUGGUAGGUUAUGUAAUAUUUGGUUUGAUCUAUAGGUUUUUUUAUAUAGGAAAAAAAAGUGUUUUGAGGGAAAUAAAGGUUUAAUUAUAAUUUGGGAGUGAGAUUUAUCUCUGGGAUUACAAAAUGUAUAUAUAACUUCCAGGGAGAUUAUUUGAAUGGUAUUUGAUCUGAAUUUCUAUUGUGUUGCACAAUAUAUAAUGAAUUCCUUCUACUUUAAUUUCUUAGUAUUA